CCGGAAUCACCUACAUCCCCCAACUCAGUCUUGCAUCUUUCCUUCGCUUAUGUUAUGGCUUUCCUUGCCACUGCCACUGCCACUGCUUCCUCUUCCUGUUCUCAACGCCUAGGAAGUCCCAAACUACCCCAUCCCUUGCCUUCUAUCUCUAGGCGCACGCCUUCUUUUCCUCUCGUUUCGUUUCCAAACUCUAUAUCUCUGCACGCACAAAGGGCCGGAGCAAGAGUAGUUGGUGUUGUGGCGGCCGCUGCUGCUGACGGGAAGAGCAGUUCCAAUGCAAUCCAAAAGGACAAGAAUGGUAAAAAGGAAGAGGAGGAAGAAGAGACGAUAGAGGUGGAGGAGGAAUUGCCUUGGAUUCAAGAGAAAGCUUUGGACCUGGUAGAAUUCACAGGGUCUGUCACCCAAGCAAUUCCAGGUCCCAGAGUGGGCCAGAGCUCCUUGCCUUGGAUUCUCGCUCUUCCUCUCGCUUAUGCUGGUAUUACUUUCGUUAUUGCCUUUGUUAAGACCGUCAAGAAGUUUGGGUCUCCCAGAUACAAGCGCAAGAAACUGGUCAACAAAAAUGCUAUGCUGUGCAAAUCCAUUGAUGAAUUGUUUCAGAAAGGAGGAGGAGGAGAAGUAGGAGCAGAUGCAUCCCAACAACAUGCAGCUCUCGAAGGAAUGGAAAAAAGGACAGGUUUUACCAUGGUGGAUAUUGUGCGCAAGUACAUUCGUUAUGCUUUGAAUGAGAAACCAUUUAAUCCGGAACUAGUUGCCAACUUAAUCCAGCUCAGGCAAGCUUCGAUGUUGGAUGACUCCCAGGUUGCUGAAAUUUUGAAUGAUAUCUCAAGACGAAUUGUUCGGGAGAAAGGCCCAGUUGUCAUGAAUAUGUCAGGGUAUUCUGAAAAGGGAUUUAAGAGAAAACUUGCAGUGCAGGCCCUUUUUGGCAAGGUCUUCUAUUUGUCUGAGCUGCCAGAGUUCUGUUCAAGGGACAGCUCCUUAGUCGUGAAGGAAAUAUUUGGGGUUGCAGAUGAAGAUGCUGACAAACUUCGUUUGCACACUCUUUCUGAAGCUGGUGAUAUGGAUUCACUUGAGAAGAUGGUUGAUGGUUCAGAUUCAGAAGAUUCCAACGAGAGAACAUCGAAUGCUCCUUGAUUUGCAUUAGCAGACAUAGAGAGUUAGUUGCAGAGAGAAGUAAGAUUCCGGGAAGUAUAAGAGGGGAUUUGCAUUAGUUAAGUAGUUGUAACCAAGAUUGUCUAUGUAUUAGUGGUUUUACUUGAUUAUCAUGUAAACCAAAUUUUGAUGGCACAAAAAAUCCUUGUUUUCGUUGAAAAGUGCAUUUGAUAUUGUGCAGGAGGUUGUUGCAGACAAAAUUUUAUGCGGUUGAAAUAUGGAUGGAGUAUUGAUUGAUGAAA